AUGGCAAAAUUGUCACCAGAUGAAAAUGCCAUCAUCAGAAAACAUCCUCUAGCCAAGUCACUUGAUGAUUUACAUGGCUUGCUUCAGGAGGCAGAGAGAACCUAUGAGUUGUGUUUUAUUUCCUAUCAUGACGCUGUUGAUAGCUUUGACCAACUCUUUCAAGAUGCGACUUCAAAGCUUCUUUAUGUCUUACUGGGAGAGGAAGCGGCGCUCAACAUUCGCUCACGAAUAAGCGAUGGAAAUGUGGCUUCUGACCUAGCAAAUCUGUUUACGAGCCUUCAAAGGGGCAACUUCAGCUACAACCACUACCGGCGGCUGGUGCGCCUGGUCAUCCAAAAGCCUCCCUCCACCGAAUCCCAGAAUGUCGAAACCUGGAAUUUCGAUGUCUGGAAUGCUGUCCUUGACCUUAUUAACACCGCCUCACGAGGCACCCCCCCUCCCGGCCCCAUAUCAUCGAUCCAACAGACGCCCUGGAUGCGCAACACUAGCAGUUUCGUCAACUCUACAGAAUAUCGAAGGCACGUUGACGCUGUGCUGAAGGAGGAGCUUGGAGAGUUACACGUCAACAUCCCUGGGUUCUUUAACGCGUACUUUGGAGACAUACCACAACUUAGUGCGGUUUCACAAGCGGUGUUGGAAGGGUGCAAGAGGGCAGACAGUCAACUUUAUGACGAAGAGCAGGGCUGGCGGGACUGGCCUGAACUUGCGGCAGAAAGAGAUGUUCUGAAGUGGCUGGCCAACAUCAUUGCUGAGUUUGUACGAUUAGCCGAAGCUCAAGAGCCGUCCUGGAAGAUCGACCGCAGACCUCUGGCACAGCCAAGCCAGCCACUACAGGGAUCUAUCGCGGAGAGAAAGCUCGAUAUCGGCUUUGUCGAUGAUCCGACGGCCACUGAGGACUCCAGAUGCCGCUGGUCGCAGAUCCUGGUGCCAGGGGAGCUGAAGAAUGACCCAAAAUACGACAGGAAAUCCGGGGCAUGGUUUGAUCUUGGCAGGUACUCUCGGGAAGUCCUUGCCGCGCAGGAUACUCGUCGUUUCGUGCUCGGGUUCACCCUUUGUGGGCCAUUUCUGCGACUAUGGAACUUUGACCGCCUGGGCGGGAUCGCCUCAGAGGAGUUCAACAUCAACCAGGACGGCCUUCAAUUUGUGUCUGUUGUCCUUGGAUUCCUCUUGAUGAGCCGGGAGCAACUUGGGUUUGAUCCCACCAUCGUCGCGACCGGGACCGAACGGUAUAUCGAGAUUGAGAAGGACGGUACGAAGGAACGGCUGAUCAUCGACAGGAUUGUUGGACGAGCACGCUGUGUUGCCGGGCGAGCCACAACCUGCUGGAAGGCAUACUGUGAGACAGACAAAUCACGGACGCCGCUGGUUGUCAAGGACUCCUGGCAGUAUGCGGAACGCACUGAGGAGGGAGAGUUGUUGCGAGAAGCAAUGGCGAAGGGGGUCAAGAAUGUCGCGAGGUAUUAUCACCACGAGACCGUUCGCAUUGACAACAAGGAUGAUGAUGUCUUGGCUAUCCGAAAGGGCCUCAAUAUUCCGAUUUCGAAAGAUGAGAAGGGUGGCUUUAAGGUGACAGUGCGGCAUAGUAGGUCUCAAAGAGGACAAAAGAGCCAGGGCAGCACCACCGGCCAGAAGCGAUCCUCUGACUGCAUGGACACGGCAUUUCCUCCUCCCCCAAGUAAACGUACCCAGUCAAGUUCUCUGUCCAAAUCUGCAGGCAGCUCAACCCCAUUAAAUCGAGUUCACCGCCGCGUUAUUAUCCGGGAUUAUGGGAAACCAAUCUAUGAGAGUAGCUCGAAGGCUACUCUUCUCGCUGGGCUAGCCGGCUGUAUCGAAGGAUACAUGUCGCUCUAUAAUGAGGCUGGCCUCAUCCAAUGCGACGUUUCCCCUCGGAACCUGAUGGUGAAUGAGGACAAGGACAAUCCUUCAUGGCCUGCCUUUCUGAUUGACCUUGAUCUGGCUAUCAAGACACAUCGGGAUGGGUCUUCUGGCGCGCGGGGCAAAACGGGCACCAGGGCAUUCAUGGCCAUUGGUGUCUUGUAUGGUGAAAAGCACUGUUUCAUGCAUGAUCUGGAGUCAUUCUUCUGGGUCCUGUUCUGGAUAUGCAUUCACUACAAUGGCCCAGGGAAGGGAAGGAUUGUCGAGCGUUUUGAGGAGUGGAAUUAUGUGAGCACUGAAAAACUAGCUGAUGAGAAGAAAGGAUUGAUUAGUGAUGAAGGUGACUUUCUCAGGAUUUUAAAGGAUAAUUUCACCCCAUACUAUCAGUCCCUGAUCCCUUGCGUCAAUCGAUUACGGCGCCUUGUCUUUCCAGACGGUGGACGGUGGAAGAAACCAAAUUUCAAUCUAUCCCGGAACAUGAUUGAGACACUUCAAGAUGCACAAAAUAAGCCAGACGUUGUAAACUAAUGCAGAUUUUUUACUAUAGCAUGCAUUUGACUGGCUCGGUGAAGACUGAGGACAGCCAUGAUCUGAGCGACUCUACCGCAACUCCUUUCAACCAUCAUCUUUUCUGCUUGCACUGCCAUUGAUGGGCUACUGAGUAUGCGCUUGAUGUCAACGCAUAGUUGCUUGCCUGCCCAUAUUCUGUGUCGUUCUUCUAGCCAGGCCCUGCACUCAAGCAGAAUGUGGCGUACUGACUACCUAGCGGCCAUAACCACAUGGGCAUUUAUUGUUGUCAGCCUUGUUAAUCGUGUGGAGGUACAUAUGCGCGGAGGCCGAGCUUGCCUGUGCGCAUUUGCGUGAUGCCAAUUGAUCAGGAGCUAAAGGACUAUGUAUAGUCGGAUACAGCAGCACCUUCCCAUUAAAUAUGCAUCGUGCAUUUCAUCCUGAAAAUAUAUAUUAGAAGGGGAAAAAAAAAAACUUAGCCCCAGUCUCUUUGGGCUUUCUUUCUGGCACACAACCUUCUCUCGACUUCAGCCUGUCAUGUAAUCUAUUUUUGGCUUGCAAUCUGUUUUUCUAUCUUAGGCGCCUGGUGCUGUUUCGCUUCUUCUGUAAUCCAUCUUUGGCGCGCAAGCCAUUUAUUAUUCUAUGCAGAAAAAGUGAUUGUUAUAGGC